UCAACCGAGCCAGUCAUUCUCUCGCGAUCUGCGACAUCAGAUUUAUUCGGUUUCUUUACGUGCGCGCUGUGGUGAUACAAAAAAUUAAUAACCACAUUAAUAUUUUUUUUUGUUCGCUUUUUAUUCUUUUUUCGAAUUGAUCGACGAUUAAUCCGAAAGAUGGAUAUUAGGAUCUUCGCGCUGUUUGUUUUUGUCAGUGUUCUAGGAUCGUUUGCCGAAGCCCGAGCGAGCUUCUUUGGUUAUCCAUUCGAAAAUGGAGGAGCAACGGCCCGUCUUGUCGCGUCGCCCAGAUUGAAGCGAGCAGUCGACUCGAAUGGUGAGACUACCACCAAACCUACCACUACCAGUCAAGCAACGACUCCUAAGUCAACAGAUCCCACAACCACAUCACCACCCACGACGACACCACCUUCAACGUCGCCCACAACUACCCCAACCACCGAAACAACUACUACUGCACCUACCACUACCACCACCACCGCCACCACCACCACAGAGGCGACGUCUCCAACUACCACUCCAACAACAACUUCCGCUACCACUCCAACAACUCCUGCCACCACAACUCCCGAACCCAGCACUACAACUCCAACAGACAGCACAAAACCAACGUCCAAGCCAAAGAAACCUGUCGACGUUCUGUCACGUUCGAAUAUCGAUGAUGAGCCCGAAGAGUCCACUAAAAAACCUGGACCAUCGUCAAAAAAUGACAUCCCUAGACCAUUUAGCUCAGGUGGAACGUUUGGCCCAGGUUUCAAUCCUUACUACGGUUAUCCCGGAUUCAACUCUAUACCAGGUUCUAACCCAAACUAUGCGUGGACCGGAACGAGCAACGGGCAAGGAUUUGCGUCCGCGGGCGCGUCGGCUGGAAGUUUUGCAGGAGGAUAUCCGGGGUAUUCCACAGGAGGAUUCCCCGGGGCGGUAUCGCCGUUGAUCGGUAGUCGAGGAGGAUUUCAGGAUAACACACCGAACCAGAACAUGGGAUACGGUUACAACGGAAUAGAUCCGUGGAAUAACGCGGGGGCCGGACAAUUCUUUUUUCCAGAACCUCAAUUUCCUUACAACAAUCCCUUCGACAUGUUCAGACAGAUACAGGCGCAAAUAGAAGCUCAGCAUCAGGCCAACAUGGAACUCCAAAAUCGUUUGGCCAACGAAGCUAGUUACGGCGGCGGAAGUUACGGCGGCGGAAGUUACGGCGGCGGCGUGCCACAGGUUGCAAGUGCCAGCAUCGGUUUAGGUCCAGGCGGUGGCUACCAGAUGGGUCAGAUCAGUCCUGCCGCGCCGGGAUUGCAGUCCAGAUUUGCGGAGGAACUUCCCGCUCCGUCUGGCAACAGCUACGGAGUAUUCUCCAGUUCCAGUUCCUCCAGCAUGACCGGUCCAGAUGGCAAGCAGGUCAACCGUAAAUCGUCCAUCACCGGUGUUAACGAUAAUGGGAAGGUUUCCUUCCGCGAGGUGCACGAUUAAUAAAUCCUUGAUCGCGCACGUUUACCUUUCUCCAAACCAUUAAUUUACUUCUGUUUACCGUGUGCUAUAUAACACGAUGUUUUAUCGCGAUGAAAUUUAACGAUUCGAACUUGCCGACAUCAGAGUCCGCAUAAUUGUGAAACAAUGAGAUUAAAGAUUACUACGCGAAUGAAUACUCAAGUAUUUCUUCUCUAUUAGAGUUAACGGAUUUCUUUCCUAUAAAAUAUUAUUGAUGCUCAAUAAUAUUUUAUUGUGAUUGUUUGAUUUCUACACAAUAUUUUAUUAUUGUUAAUAUUAUUUGACACUUUUUUAAUUUUCUGCUCGUCGAGAAAAAAUUUCUUACUUUUAUCUAUCUGUAAUGAGAAGCGUCUUGCGUUGACAUCAUUGCGUUUUACUUGAGCGGUCAAAUGCAAUUUUUUUAACAACAUGUUGUGCAUUUAAUUUUUACACGUGUUUAUUUGCUUGUUACUUUAAAGUAUAAUAUAUAAAAAAAUUUUAUUGUAUUUGUGUGCGCAUUAAGUAAAGUUACACACGUGCUUUUA